CGAGUCAAACAAGUCAAGUCAUUUUGAGUUCAGGUAAAAUUCUCUACGUUUCAUUUUCUUUCAUUUUUGUUUGUAUUGAAGAAAAUCAAAAAUUAUGUUUUGGGGACUCAGUACGGCUUUGGAUUUGUACGAAGAAUACGCUAAAGCGUUUAAAUUGCAAGAUAACUGCGAGGUGGCCGGGACAGGAGAUACCAACCAGUCGCCAGCGGCUCUCAACAUACUCAUCUGCGGGGGAGCAGACGCCCGGCAUGUGAUAAAAACUCUGGCAAAGCGUUAUACCCAUCGGGUGCAGCCCAAACUAAACAUCUAUGUACUCGAGGGAUGCCAGGAAAUACUGGCCAGGAGCAUGCUACUUCUGGCCAUUGCCCUGGAAUCGUCGGACUCGUUCAGCCUAGUGGGUCUGGUUCAUUUGUUUAUGGACGUUUACGGGAACUCAAUGAUGAGACCCACCUCGCAUCAUUAUGUGGCUGCUAAAGCUCGUACUUUACUUAAAAUGGUCACCGACGAGGAGCAGCUACAGCGUAUAGCCCCCAUGCUAAACCUGGAAGGAUUAAAGUACAAGGAGAAAGAUGGUCUGGAAAUGGCGUUCAACUUCUGGCAACCCAAGCCCAUCCACAUCUACGACAUCAAGAGUUAUUGGGAGCAGUGUUCGCGGGCUCUGCUGGGGGCUCGCUACGACCAUCGCUUAGGAGUCUGGGAUUGGGAUCUGAGCAUGACUCUCAAAGAGCGCGAAGGACAGCAGAUUUGCUCGCAAGAGUAUCGCUACUGGCGGGAAUCGGGCAUUGCCUUUGUAUUCCCAGAAUACGAGCAUUGCAAGCCCAAUAAAACCUUUGCAGCGGGCCUGGUUAGAAAUGGUCGAUCCUAUCUUCAUCGCGGAUAUGUGGGCGAUAUUGAGACGGGACCAUUUUGUGGCUUUGGUCUGCGUACGUCAGAGGAGCGCAUGCUUAAUUCUGUUCAUGGAGACAAUGACUACAGGUCAACUGAUAUAGUGGAACGAAAUUUGCUAGAACUUUUCCAUGAACUGCAGACUCAAACACCCUAUGAACACGAUCCAACGCGUUCGCGCCGAUAUGGCUCUGUCCUUCUCCAGAUGAGUCCGGUGCUCACAUACAACGAAAGCGAUAAUCACAACCAAGAGGUUUAUGAUAAGCCAUGGAUUAAGAUGCCCAACAUCACUGUUAACUUUAUAUCGCCUUUGGAAAUGAUCCAGCUGAAGGAGGGUGCUAAACGCUGGCGCGGAGUCUUUGAUAUCGCAUUUGUGGCCCACAAUUAUAUCAACUUUCUAAAGAAAGAAUUCUUUAAUGUUCUCAAGGACCAAGCUCUCAUGAUCCAGGAGACAAAACUUAUGACUGUGGAACGCAAGGAACAUUUGAAUAACUUUGAAUCCAAGGCCAAGGAUCUCAUGAAAGAGGCCGGAUUGCGUCCAUGUAUUAACUAUCAAGCCAUCAACGGCAAGAACAUGUUUUUAAAAUACAAGAAAUGUGUUGGGGUGGAGGAGGAAGAGGAAGUGGAAGAAGAGGUAGUAGUCGACAAGGAAGAGGUAGUAAUCGACAAGCAAGCGGUAGUAAUUGACGAGGAAGAGGUAGUAAUCGACAAGCAAGCGGUAGCAAUUGACGAGGAACUGCCACCAGCGGAACCCCUUGAAAUUAUAGAGCUACCUGCUAAUUAAAUGUUUCAUCAUUUUCAAUUUGUAUUUCAUAAAUUUGGAGUUUAUUUGUAAUUAUAAACCAGUUUUAAUUUUGACUU